AUGGCUACCCAUGAGUUGGUCUGCAGUGGUAUACGGAGAAGGAUUGGUGAUGGGAGAUCCACUUUAAUCUGGGGGCACCCAUGGUUGCCUGAUGACCCAUCCCCUAUGGUCCAGUCUUCCAUGCCUAGUGAACUUAAUGGCUCUCUUGUUUCCGGAUUAAUCGAUCCCGGUUCUGGAUCAUGGGAUAUCUCUAUUUUGGAAGACUUAUUCACCCCAGCUGACAUUGACCGCAUUAUGUCUGUUCCAAUUAGCCCACAUCAUGAAGACUCCUGGUUUUGGUUGGGUGACCCGAAAGGGUGUUAUACAGUGAAAGAAGGUUAUAGACGUAUUAUGGGAGACAUUGCAAUUCAACCCGGGGCCUACGAUAAAUGGUUACAUCUUUGGAAGAUCAAGCGCCCUGCUAAAUGGAAGAUCUUUAUAUGGAGAGCUCUAUCUAAUAUUCUCCCCACUACUACCAAUCUCAUUUUAAAGAGGGUGGAGAUUGAUCCAACAUGUCCAAUGUGUGGCACUUUUCAUGAGAGCAUCAUGCAUUCUUUAAUUUUGUGUGAAUUUUCAAGACUUGUUUGGCAUGAAAGUUCUUUGCAUAUACCUAGUGUGAUUGGUGAUGAGUUUCUUGAUUGGUUUGAAAAUGCCAUUACCGUGCUCACCAAUGAAGACAUGUUUGUUACUCUAGCAGUGCUAUAUCACAUUUGGAGGGCCCGGAACCAUGCUGUUUGGGAUGGCUACCUUCCGACGCCGGCUCGGGUGUGGCGAGAAGCCAAUGCCGCUGCUGCUGCUUGGAGGCACGUCCACGGCUCACAAGUUCCGUACCAGCCACAGACGACCACGCUGCCGAUACCUGGGGACGGGAUGCCGCGCUGCUUCUUCGACGCUGACUUUCGGAGUCAGUCCAGAACUGCCACAGUUGGAGCAGUGCUGUUGGCGCCCACUGGCGAGUUCGUAGCAUCCUUCAACGCACAGCUUCCUUCUUGCUUUUCGCCCCUCAUGGCAGAAUCGUUGGCGUGUAAGGAGGUUUUGUCUUGGCUCAAAGACCGUGGACUGCCGGCUGUGUGCAUUCUUACGGAUUGUUCCACGCUCAGGGACUUGCUUGUUUCGAAUACCACGGGGCUCUUUUCAUAUGUUGAUUUUUCAGUUGAAGCUUCUAAAGCUCUUAUGUUAUCGUUUGAAUCUUGUUCGGUUUCUUUAAUUCCUAGAUCUCAUAAUAGGGGUGCUCAUGCACUAGCCGCUGCGGCAUUCUCGCAGGUGGCUCCUAUGUACUGGGACUCUGUCCCUCCAAACUCUAUUGCUCAUUUGAUAUAA